AUGUCCUUUGGUCAAAUUGUUAUAGGCCCACCUGGUUCUGGAAAGUCGACUUAUUGCCACGGCUGUGUGCAAUUUUUCAAUGCUAUAGGACGACAUGCUCAAGUAGUCAAUAUGGAUCCGGCAAAUGACCGUGUACCGUACCCAUGCGCGGUAGAUAUCAGAGAUUUCAUCACCCUCGAGGAAAUUAUGGAAGAACAACAAUUGGGUCCCAAUGGAGGGCUCAUGUACGCUUUGGAGUCCGUAGAAAAGUCGGUGGAUUUGUUUGUGCUCCAGGUUAAGUCGUUAGUGAAAGAUGAGAACGCAUACGUCGUGUUCGACUGCCCUGGCCAGGUAGAGCUCUUCACACAUCAUUCCGCGCUGUUCAAGAUUUUCAAGCGCCUCGAACGUGAACUGGAUCUCCGAAUGUGCGUCGUCAACCUAAUCGACAGCGUGUAUGUGACAUCGCCAUCACAAUACAUCUCUAUCUUACUGCUGGCACUCCGUUCCAUGCUGAUGCUUGACCUCCCCCACAUUAACGUUAUAUCCAAGAUCGACAUGCUUAAGUCCUACGGCCCGCUGCCCAUGCGUCUCGACUACUACACUGAGGCUCAGGAACUUGAGUAUCUGCAACCGUUCGUCGAACAGGAGAGCUCCAGCGUCCUCGGCAAGAGAUAUUCGCGUCUAACGGAAACUAUUGGAGAACUGGUUGCGGACUUCAACCUGGUGUCUUUCGAGGUUCUGUGCGUGGACGACAAGAAAAGUAUGAUUGCGCUGCAAAGCGUGAUCGACAAGGCUAAUGGAUACAUUUUCGGCGCAUCGGAAGUCGGGGGCGAUACCGUUUGGGCUGAAGCGUCCCGUCAGGGUACCGCCCUUGUCAGCGAAGAUGUCCAGGAGCGCUGGAUCGACAACAAAGAGCUCUACGACAAGCAAGAUCAAUUAUUGCGUGAAAAACAGUUGCAGGAACAAAAAUUUAACGACAAAGAAAUUGACGUUGAUGAAGACAGCGAGUGGCAGAAUGCUCUCAAGGAUUGGGAGGAAAAAAACGGUGCAAAAUCAGCCAAAUGA